UUUGUUGGAGUCACUUUGACACAGGGGACUUCUAUCAGUUAUGUAACAAUCUGUGGCCCAGCCCCAGGUGAGCAGUAAAUAUUCACCUUCACAUGAGAGCCAAGGCUGCAGCGCUGAGUCACGGGGAGUCGGGGAGCCCCACUGCCUGCUGGGGCCUUGAGCAGGAAUUCUGGAAGGUGUGAUCGCUCCAGCUGGCUGGGUCAGACUGCCAGGACCGGAAUCUUCCGUGGCCCGCAUGGCCCGCGUGUUCGUGUACGGGACCCUGAAGAGAGGCCAGCCCAACCACGGGGUCCUGCGGGACCAAGCCAACGGCUGCGCCGCCUUCCGCGGCCGGGGCCGCACACUGGAGCCCUACCCCUUGGUCAUCGCCGGUGAACAUAACAUCCCGUGGCUACUCAACCUUCCGGGGCAGGGGCGGCAUGUGCUCGGCGAGAUCUAUGCCGUGGACGAGCGGAUGCUGAGCUUCCUCGAUGAGUUCGAGGGCUGCCCCAACAUGUACCAGCGCACCCCGCUGCGCAUCGCCGUCCUCGAGUGGGAAGGCGCGUGUGGGGCCCCCGAGGAGACGCCGGCCGCCGACGGGACCCUGCAGUGCUUCGUGUACAGCACGGUCACCUACGCCCCCGAGUGGGUCCACCUCCCACACCACGACGAUUACGACUCCCAGGGGGAGCACGGCCUCCGCUAUAAUCCACGGGAGAACAGAUGACAAGUGCAAGGACGGCUCCUCCGCUGGGGUGGGGAGGUGCGGGGGACAGAGCCCCGGUGAUGAGAGGACGCCCUUGGCCUGGUCGGCACGCACUGGGCGCCUUCAAUGUCCGUGGAAACAGUUGUAAAACUCAGUCCGGGAAAAGGAACAAUCUCUCUUUCAGUUGCAGCUGAUUCCCCCAGUAUUUGACACACUGAUCCCAAGAUUAUGCCUGAAGCCUGUCUAUCCCAUAGCGCUUUGUUGCUUGCUGCUUCAAGAAAGCCACAGGCUUGAAUCGAUGGGAUAAGGAAAAUUCAAGAUCUUAAUUCCCCUAAAUGACAUUUCAAGAACUCAUAUGUCAGAUUUUUCUUUCUUUUGCUUUGCUUUGAUCUGGAGAUAACAUUUAAAUUGUAGACUUUGUGUAGCAGCUAGAUUUCAGCAACCCUACUGUAUUGAUUCUAACUUGUAGCAGCAAGAAGAAUUUUUUAAACUGAUUUGGGUUAUCUCACUGUAAUAAAAGAACCCCAAGAAAAACGUAUUGUGUUUGGGUAGUUUUAAACUGUAUAAAACAUUAGUUUUCACAAUUUUCAGAUCAAGCUUAUUAAAAAAGGGAUUACUAAAGAU